AUGGCCUUUAACCUGUCAACACCCGGAUCCCCUCGCAAUUCUGUGCACGAGUCCGCCUUGCGAGUAGAAACGAACGUAGACCUCGGACGGCUCUCAGCUGCCAACCAUGCACGUCUGCAUGCGAGCAUCAUCGACUACAAUGUCGUCAUCACGGCCUGUGGCAGAGGAGGCCAAUGGCGAGGUGCCGGAGGCCUCCUUCGCCUCCUCCGCCUGCGCGGCCUGCGCAGCAGCCUUGUGUCCUUCAACGCGGCCAGCAGCGCUUGCGAAGGAGGCGGCGCCUGGCAGUGGUCUUUGAUGCUCUUGGCCGAGUUGGCCGCAUCCCAGCAUCGCCCUGAUGAAGUUAGCCGAACCGGGGCCGUGACGGCAUCGCAGUCAGGCGGACUUUGGGCCCAGGCGCUACAUGCCUCGGAGGCUUUGGGUGCGAACGUCGUGGCGAGAAGCCACCUGCAACGGCAGAAAGUUACGGUGUAG